AUGGAGGAGAAGGAUAUAAUCCGCAAAUCUACCAGCGAGUUCGCCUCACCUCUGGUUCUCGUUUGGAAGAAGAAUGGUGAUUUGCGGGUAUGCACUGAUUUUCGAUGGCUCAACAGGCGAACCUUGAAGGAUGCUCAUCCCUUGCCCCACCAAGCCGACUGUUUAGCUGCUCUGGGUGGUAAUGCAUUCUUCAGUACAGUGGAUCUCACGUCCGGCUUCUACAACAUGCCGCUGCACGAAGAUGACCGCAAAUACUCAGCCUUCAUGACACCCAUGGGGUUGUACGAGUACAACAGGCUUCCCCAGGAGAAUGAGUUGCGUGAGAAGCAGCGCAGUGAUCCUGUCCUGUCUCGUGUGUUGUUCUAUGUGGACAGGGGUCGUCGCCCGUCCAGGAGGGAGAAACCCAAUGAGCCUGUUAUGGUCAUGAGUUGUGAGCAAUGUGACAAGACUUUUAUUACAGCAACAAAGCUAAGAAUUCACAAACAUAUUCACACUGUGGAGAAACCAUUCAGCUGUGAUCAGUGUGGAAAGGCUUUUACUCAGAAGAGUGACUUAAAAAGACAUCAACUCAUUCACAGUGGAGUUAAACCAUUCAGCUGUGAUCAGUGUGGAAAGGCUUUUACUCGGAAGAGUCAGUUAAAAAGCCAUCAACUCGUGCACACUGGAGUUAAACCAUUCAGCUGUGAUCAGUGUGGAAAGGCUUUUACUCACAAGAGUCAGUUAAAAAGCCAUCAACUCAUUCACAGUGGAGUUAAACCAUUCAACUGUGAUCAGUGUGGAAAGGCUUUUACUCGGAAGAGUCAGUUAAAAAGACAUCAACUCAUUCACAGUGGAGUGAAAUUGUUCAGUUGUAAUCAGUGUGGUAAGGCUUUUACUCGGAAGACUCAUUUAAAAAGCCAUCAACUCAUUCACAGUGGAGUUAAACUAUUCACCUGUGAUCAGUGUGGAAAGGCUUUUACUAAGAAGAGUGACUUAAAAAGACAUCAACUCAUUCACAGUGGAGUUAAACCAUUCACCUGUGAUCAGUGUGGAAAGGCUUUUACUCACAAUAGUCACUUAAAAAGCCAUCAACUCAUUCACAGUGCAGUGAAACCAUUCAGCUGUGCUCAGUGUGGAAAGGCUUUUACUCAGAAGAGUCAGUUAAAAAGCCAUCAACUCAUUCACAGUGGAGUGAAAUUGUUUGGCUGUGAUCAGUGUGGAAAGGCUUUUACUCACAAGAGUCAGUUAAAAAGCCAUCAACUAAUGCACAGUGGAGUUAAACCAUUCAGCUGUGAUCAGUGUGGAAAGGCUUUUACUCACAAGAGUCAGUUAAAAAGCCAUCAACUCAUUCACAGUGGAGUUAAACCAUUCAGCUGUGCUCAGUGUGGAAAGGCUUUUACUCAGAAGAGUAUGUUAAAAAGACAUCAACUCAUUCACAGUGGAGUGAAAUUGUUCAGCUGUAAUCAGUGUGGUAAGGCUUUUACUCGGAAGACUCAUUUAAAAAGCCAUCAACUCAUUUACAGUGGAGUGAAACCAUUCAACUGUGAUCAGUGUGUGAAAACCUUUACUCAGCAUGAACAGUUGUUGAUCCAUCAAUGCCCCCAUUCUAGUAGAAAGCGGUACCACUGUGACUCCUGUGAAAAAACUUUCAAGCACCAAAAGAGCUUAAAAUGUCACCAACGCAUCCACACUGGACAUGAUGUGUACCGAUGUGAUCACUGUGGUGAACCAUUUGUAUUGUACUCACAGUUAAAAGCUCAUGAAGUGACCCACACUGGGGUUAAACCAUACCUUUGUGAUCAGUGUGGGAAACGCUACAGCUACAUUGCAAACCUCAAAGUUCACCAACGUGUCCACACUGGGGAGAGACCAUACAGAUGUGAUGAGUGUAAGACUUUUACAACUUUGUAUUCCCUGAAACAACACCAGCAGAUCCGCACCAGAAAGAAAGCAUUCAAUCAGUGUCACAGUGAGCAGAAUGGAACAGAUGGACAAAACUCUCAGACUUGUCAGCACUCUGCCAAUGGUGAACAGUGCUGCUUUGACCAGUCUGGACCAACGUCCAACCAACAAGGAACCCUACAACGACACCAGCGUAUGCACACUGGACACAGACUGAACCCCUGCCAAGAAGAUUUGUCCAUGCAGGGUUCAGUAAAAGUUCAUGAAGUCCUCCACAAACUUAAAGUCCUUGAGAUCCGGCUUCACAGAAUUCAGCUUCAGGUGUAGCUGCUGGAAAAGAGCCUGCAAGUCACAUGGUGGGACAUGUGAACAUAGUUCAAAAAGAAAAUCAAGCCUGUUACAGUGUUGCUCUAGUCCCCUCUGUUAAAUGGCAUCAAAACAAUGGUCAACGUGAACAAAUCAUGAGUGUUGACAUUGCACUCACAACAGUACCUCUCAACUGUUCUAAUUUUGAUCUAUUUAGGAGAACAAUGUAAUGAGUGCACCGAGAGAUCCAAUACAGGGAGCUUUCCUUUUUCAAAGAUCAUUAGAAGGACAGAACCAGGGACGGACUGGCCAUUGGGCAAUGUGAGCAAAUGCCACUGUGGCUGCCUGGUCAUGCGGCUGCCACCAGGCAGCAUCACAAACAAAUAAAUAAAUGAAAAUAUAAAGCGGGGCGGAGCAGCCGCAUCAAUGGACGGCCGCAAAUGAUUAGGCUAAAUAAAUAAAUAAAGCGGACCGGCUGCGUCAAUAGGCGGCCACAAAUCAAUAAAUGAAUAAAUAAAAAUAAUAAAAAAAUUAAGUGGAGCUGAAGGCGCCCACAAAAAAGAGGGAAAAAAGCAAACAAAAAAAACAGCCUGUUAACUGUAACAAAUAAUAGGCCUACUCAACUAAACAAUGAUAAUGACGUUUUUUAUUUGUAUGGUUGUUUGAAUAUGUUAGAAUAUUAACAUGACUUAUCUUCUAUAAUUUCUGUUUUUUGGACAAUACAAAUAUAAAGUGUUUUAUUUUUGAAGUAGAAAAAAAAUGAAAACAUGUUAAAAAGAAGGGGUAUUCAGACCAUCUGUAUUUUUUUAUUUUUCUGAAGAUUUAUUCUUGAUUUUUAUUCUUUGAUAUCUUAAAAUCGAGAGGUUAAUAUUUCUAGAAUUGCAACAGGUUGGGAGCUGAAGCCUUGUGGUGACACUAUAUAUUGCUCCAUGAUAAAAAAUGAUUAGCUCAUUCUUACAGCUAUUUAAAAAAAUACUGAAAACAUUGUAUUCGAUUAAAAUGUAAUUAAAAAAAUGUUAAAUGUCA